UUGCCCCCCUUCCAUCUCGCCAGAACAUUUGGCCGACAUACUCGUAAAAGCCAAUUUACAACAACUCCCUUACUCCUUCACACAUUCCUCUCUCCCCCGCCAAAAGUCAUCAUCAUGAGGACCACUACCUUCUUCGCCUUCUUCAUGGCCAUGUCCGUCAUGUUCUGCAGCGCCUUCGCCUCGGCCGAGAACACUCUUUGGAGGCGUCCCCCUCCGACCUGUGACCCCAUAGUUUCCACCGUUGACUUCUUAUUCGAGAAGCAGCUCACCGUUAUUACCGAGGCCUUUGCCGAAGCCUGCAUCGAUGCCAAGAUUGUUGCUGCUAUCAAGGCCUAUCUCGAAGUUGAUGUCAAAGUCCUUGGCAUUGUUGGAGUCGAUGUCAAAGCCGGAGUGAAUGCUGCUAUUCAGGCCAAGGCCGUGCUUGCUGUUAAGGCUGUUGUCGCUGCUGCGAUCAAGGCCAAGUUCACAUCCGAAUUUAAGUCCAGCAUUACUACCUUCAUUGUCAAGCAAUGCCCCAAGAAGGAUGCCGCCUGCAUUAAGCGCAAUGCCAGGAAGAUCGUCUCUGAGGCCGCCAAGUUGACUGUCGAAGCCGCGGCAAAGGUCGUUCUCGAGAUCCAGGCCAAGCUCGCUGUCGAGAUUGAGGCUGCCAUCAAGCUUGCGGUUAACUUGUUCUUGGCCAGAUUGCCCCUCGUCAGUGUCAGCAUCACCGGUUAUGUCAAGGUCUGCGCUGCUCUCAUCGUCGAGAUCAAGGCUGCCGUUGGCUUGUGCGCCAAGGCCUGCGCUGCUAUCCUGGCUCAGGAGAUCUCCACGAUCAAGACCAUCUGCCCCGCUAAACCGUUGUAG